AGGGAGCGAGGGAAGAUGGCGGCCGGGGCCGGAUAUUGGCACCGCCUCCCCCGCUGCUGGAGCCGGCGCAGAUGAGGCGGCUCGGCUGGGGCCAGCGGCGCUGUGGAAGCGGAGCUGGGGGCUCGGCGGCGGCGGUGGGGCCUGGCCCUGCUCUAUGCCGGCGCCUCGGCUAGCGUGAGCGGCGGCGGCGGCGACGCCUCUCCCCCUCCCUUCCCGGGGCGGUGAGUCGGAGCGGCGGGCCGGCAUGGAGGACGUGAACUCCAACGUGAACGCGGACCAGGAGGUGCGCAAGCUGCAGGAGCUGGUGAAGAAGCUGGAGAAGCAGAACGAGCAGCUGCGGAGCCGCUCGGGGGCCGUGCAGGGCGCCGGCUCGCUGGGGCCCGGCAGCCCCGUGCGGCUCGCCGCGUCCAACCCGUCGUCCGGGGCGGCCACGCCGCGGGGCUUCCCGCUGGGCCUGGGCGGCCGGCCGGGCGGCGGGACCGGCGCGGGCCCCCGGCGGACGAGCAGCGAGGAGCUGCGGGACGCCGCCUCCUUGCUGGCGGCGGGCGAGGGCGGCUUGCUGGACGAGGUGGAGCCGCUGCGGCCCGACGAGCUGGAGCGCCUGUCAGGCUGGGCGGAGGAGGAGGAGAGCUGGCUGUAUUCAUCACCAAAGAAAAAACUUACACCAAUGCAAAAAUCAGUUAGUCCAUUAGUUUGGUGCAGGCAAGUUUUGGAUUACCCAAGUCCUGAUGUUGAAUGUGCUAAAAAGUCUCUUAUCCACAAACUUGAUCAAACUAUGUCAGCUCUCAAGAGGCAGAAUUUAUAUAAUAAUCCUUUCAACUCCAUGAGUUAUACAAGCCCUUACAGUCCAAAUGCAAGUAGUCCAUAUAGCAGUGGUUUCAAUUCUCCAUCCUCCACUCCGGUGAGACCUCCCAUAGUCAAGCAGCUUAUUCUUCCUGGAAAUUCAGGUAAUUUGAAAAAUUCAUCGGAUAGAAAUCCUCCUCUGAGUCCUCAGUCCUCUAUAGACAGUGAGUUAAGUGCUUCAGAAUUAGACGAAGACUCAAUUGGAUCCAAUUAUAAACUAAAUGAUGUAACUGAUGUACAGAUUCUAGCUCGGAUGCAGGAAGAAAGUCUCCGGCAAGAAUACGCAGCUACCACAUCUCGGCGCAGUUCUGGUUCCUCUUGUAAUUCUACGAGACGGGGUACUUUUAGUGAUCAAGAACUUGAUGCACAAAGUUUAGAUGAUGAAGAUGACAAUAUGCAUCACGCGGUAUACCCUGCUGUUAACAGGUUUUCACCAUCACCACGCAAUUCACCUCGACCAUCACCCAAGCAGUCACCCAGAAAUUCACCUCGUUCGAGAUCUCCUGCUCGGGGAAUUGAAUAUAGUAGAGUGUCCCCACAGCCUAUGAUUAGCCGCUUACAGCAACCUCGCCUUUCACUUCAAGGCCAUCCCACAGAUUUGCAAACAAGCAGUGUCAAAAAUGAAGAAAAACUAAGACGUAGUCUUCCAAACCUGUCUCGAACAUCUAAUACACAAGUUGACUCAGUAAAAAGCAGCAGAAGUGACUCAAAUUUUCAAGUGCCAAAUGGAGGAAUACCUCGUAUGCAACCUCAGGCUUCAGCCACUUCGCAAAGGCUGAAAAAUUUGCCUCGUACUUCCCUCAAAGCCAAACAGUUGCUUCAAACUUCAUCUACAAAAAGAGUACCUUCUCCUGGCAAAUUUCGCUCCCCAGCAGCACCGUCUCCUUUGGCUCUCCGGCAGCCGGUUAAAGCAUUUAGUAACCAUGGCUCUGGUUCUUCUGUUGGCCAAGAAGCAACACAACUCACACAAACCACCUCCUCACCUGGGCCUCCCUUGAUUCAGAGCACAGUGCCGGCAAAUCCUCCCAGCAAUAUCAAUAGCACUACUCUGACCAGACCUGCAGGGACAUCCUCCAUGAGAAGUGGCUUGCCUAGACCCAGUGCCCCUUCUGCUGGGGGUAUACCAGUGCCUCGCAGCAAACUUGCACAACCUGUCCGCAGAUCCUUGCCAGCUCCUAAAACGUAUGGUAGCAUGAAAGAUGACAGUUGGAAAGAUGGCUGUUACUGACCAGCAGAGCCACAAGUGCAGCGGUCCUCGGCUUCUUGGACGUCCCUUCACCAGGCUAAAAGAUGACUUUUAUAUGCAGACUGUUCCGAUAAGACUCUCGGGGUUUUUGUAAUCCCAGCCCUCUCUGUCGUAACUAGCACAAACUGACAGAGAUGAUCAAGCAGCACUUUAAUGACAUUUAACAUCAGAUGUGUUUGGUAAUCAUACAAUCACUCUCCGCACUCCAUGGAUUCACUUUCAUUUUGUUUAUUAGAAACCAAAUUGAUUUUUAAAAAUUUUGACAGAGGCCAAUAUCGGGCAAAAAGUUAUGGAUGCCAAAGAGAAAUGCCCAUUUGUGAGAGUACCUUCGUACACAAGAAAUAGUGAAUUUAAGCUAUCCAAAACUUCAUGUUCAGCUGAACUUACUGUACAAAUAGUAUCAAUAAAUAUGUAUGUUAAUGAGAACAUUCUGGCUAAUUAUCUAAAAAUAUUUCCCUAGUGUUUCACUAGAACUCCAAGGAAACAGAUUGAGGUCGACAAUGGGGAAAGAAACCUGGGCUAGAGAUUCAAAGCAGGAUCCUUAAAUUGGGAAAACUCCUAUUAAUUACUUCUGCAUAUUUCAUUCGUUAGAAAAAAAUUGUCAUUUUGUUGUAAGUUUCGGAUGGAGCUCACAUAGCGCCACCGCUGACAGUGUCUCAGCUUGCAUCCAUCCUGUUGCGUUGACAUAUCAGACUUCUGUGUGUUUGUUGGUUGCCAAAAGGGCUUAAUAUCAGUUGUACAAUCUUUCUAAACUUGAUCGCUUCUGGCUCAGGAAUGAUAACCUUUGCUAUGGAAGCCAGCUUCUUCAACGCUGUUGCAGAACUGUUACACAACUAAGAGAUUUCAUUUUUAUUAGCAGGUUUUCAUGAUGGGAAAGAGCAAGUAGUGUGUAUCUUUAUUCUUGAUAGAAAUACAACACCUCAGUGCUUACAACCUGGAACAAAACCAUAAUGAGAGAGAGGGGGGAAAAUCUAUGCAUUUAACUUAUAAAAAUCUCUGGUAACGACAAUUGUAUUGUUGCUAUUAUUUGACACAACGGUUUGUUAUGUGGUAAGAAAACUAGCCUACUUAAGUUAAUUCACUUUAAAACGUGUAACUGUAUAAAACGGUUUUUGAAAAUACUGUCCCUUUGACUUAGAUUCUUCCUUACAUCGAUUUUCGUAUUUUUGGUAACAUGAAACCGACUUAUCACUCAAACCUGUUAAAUACUUGCUCUCUAAGAACUCUGAUGUAUAACCUGGAAAUCACUCGUUUUGGUUUGACCACAAUUAUUACCAAACUCAAAUUUCUGCAGCAGGUUUCUUAUUGUUUUGGUAAUGAGAUCGGUCUUAAAUACUUCAAUUUGAACGGCUCUGAACUAUUGGCAAGUGACUCACAUAAAGAAUUUUAGACAUAAGUUUGAAUAUAAGUUCAUUUUCUGUUAGUCAAAGACAUUCUGUAAGUUGGCAAAAGAAACGGAGAGAGAAAUGUAAAGCUUGGUGUGCAGGAUUGCAUCAAGGCUGACAGACUGAAGAAUGGUUAGGACUUGAAGCCAAGAGCCUGACUCACCACUGUAAUCUUAGGAGCGUGACCAGUAGGGAGUCACUCAGCAGAGCCCUGCAGGUCUGAGCGGCCAGUGCUGAUAUAUUUUGGUGUGUAAUGCAAGGAAGAAAUUUUUCCCUUGAGUUUGAGGGCAAAGGGGAUGGGUCAGGAAAGGAUAGCACCAGAAUUCCACAUGAUGAAUUUAAAUAUGUUGCUUUUCAGAGAAAGAUAAGGAAAGCAUCUGCUUCAGGUGGGAGAAUAUCUUAAGUAAUAGAACUAGUCACAGUCUCUUUUUAAAACCACAUCUACACAAGACAAAAUAGGUCUCAGUUUUUAGUGCAACAUUACAAAGAAAAAAUAUGCUGCAAUUUAAUGAUUACAGGAAUUUUAACUAUUAUGAAACACCUAUUACAUUUUUUAAGUUAGGUUAGCUGUUUCAAAGGAGUAUUCAGGUUAUUUGACUUUGUUUUUAAAUGGCUGCAUCAGAAAAAAAUAUUUUUUUUAUUAAAAUAUUUCAUUACUUGUUGAAACAUACUGAAUCUGAGUUGGGUAAAGUAUUAUUUUACCUGCUGUUUUACUACCACGAACUUUUAGUUUCCUAAAGAGAAAAAUUGCCUUUUUACUAGAAAGCCUUUGUGUAUUGCCAAUUUUUCUGUUUGGGAAAAUCUAAGGAUUCACUGUGGUUAGUCUUAUAAGAACUAUGUGGAUUUAUAAACUAGUGCCUAUGAUUUUAACUUAUGUUUGAUAUAUAGUAGUAAGGGUUUUAUGAAUGUUGAUUAUUUUUUGUGCCAACAGCCCAGAAUUGUCACUUAUAUGUAAGCAGAAAACUAUGAACUCUGCUUCCAAAGUUAUUUAAUUUUUUCAGUGUUUGAAUGUUAUUUUUUGUAAGUGUGUUAAUAAAAAUGUAAAGAAUUGGAAAAAUAUAAAUAUUCUUAACUCAAGCAUUUGCUGGAUCAUUUUUCUAUAAAACUUGUUUGUAUAAUAUAAAACACUCUGAAGAGUUGACUUUUUUCAGUUUUCAUACCCUGGAAAUCACAUUUUGUAAAACUGGGGACCAUUCAUAAUUGUCAGAUACUUUUUAAACUUAUCAAUACAUCACUUUUAUAAAGUUUUUUUUGAAGGAAAAUUAGAUAUCUAUGUGGCCCCAGAUGUUUGUAUAAUUCUAGAAUGAUCUAGACUCUGUAUGUUUAAAUUAACUUUUUAUUGAAUGUACAGGCGUCCAUUUUUGACAUUACGCAUGGUCCUUUUAGAUCACAUGAAGUUUGAUUUGCAAACAUUUCUAUAGCUGAACUUGUAUGUGUGGUUGCUUCCUUAAUAAACAGCCUGACCAUAAUGUUUAUUAUUAAAUUUAUAUUUGUUUUU